UUUUUUCCAGAAACACAUUCCCUGUACUACACGUACACAGCUUUAUCCAAACCUUUGAAUCUGUCGGGCAUCUAUCAAUUCACCGCUAUGGGUCUUCUUGAUGACAAACAGAUUGAUUACUACGAUAACAUUGAACAGAAAAAGAUUCCCAAACAGCAGUGGAUGAAAGAGAAAAUGCCAGCAGAUUAUUGGGAAAAAGGCACCCAAUCACGCAAGAGCAAACAGCAGUGGUUUAAUGUGAAUAUCAACAUUGUGAUGGAGCGAAUGAGACAGAGUAGUUCAGAUCUUCAUGUUCUUCAAUGGAGACUAGGUUGUGAAAUUGAGGAACAAGAAAGUAAAAUGACAUUUUUUAAAGGCAUCAGUGAGUUUGCCUAUGAUGGCAAGGACUUUCUUUCCUUUGAUGAUAAGAUCUCACAGUGGGUUGCCCCAGUUGACGCAGCUGUUCCAACUAAAGUGAAAUGGGAUAAUGUGCCCAUUUUAAACCAAUACACUAAGGGGUACCUGGAAAAAGAGUGUGUGGACUGGCUCAACAAAUUCAGAGAAUAUGGACAGGACGAGCCUAAAAACGCAUCUCCGCCAGAUGUUCAUGUAUUUGCCAUGAAGUCUCACGUUGACAAAACCAAAUUGAACUUCAGAUGUUUGGCCACUGGCUUCUACCCCAAAGAUCUGACAAUGAUCAUAAGAAAGAAUAAGUCACUCAUGCCUGAAACAGAGAUUGAAUCUACAGGAGUCAGACCAAACCAUGAUGGAACGUACCAGAUACGGAAGAGUGUGGAGAUAGUGGAAAAUGAAAAACACUAUUAUGAUUGUUUUGUGACCCACACAACACUAAAGGAAGCAAUCGUCAAAUGGGCAGUCUCUCUCCCCACCUCCACCUUGGUCAUCUCACCCUUCAACUCUGCUGUGGUCCACCAUCCUGCUGCCCACACCACCUUCCUACCCUUGAUGUCUGCCGCUGCCUCUUUCUUCCUGUUACCAUACUUUUAA